GUAGAUUUAGAUUGACGUAUGUCGACGAAAUGCUGCUUUUGUAAACAUAAUCAGACUGAAGUGAAACAAGAUAUUGUCGCCCGUGUCAUAUCACCAUUUUCCAGAGGACUACAUUUCUGUAGAGUGAGAAGGACAUCUUACACCAUGGAUGGAUUCUGUCUUCUCUAUCUGCUCCUGAUCCUCUUGAUGAGAUCUGGUGACAUUGAAACCAAUCCAGGUCCUAACACUGCAGCAAGUACUGUCAGUGACAUGGAGUUCCUGAAGCUGGCCAAGGAUAUCCAACCAUCUUACUACAACGCUGUAGGGACAUCUCUAGGUUUCUCCUAUGCUCAGCUAGAGAACAUCCUGAUUCAGAAGUCAAAUAGCCAUACCAAUGCAUUUUUUGAUGUAUUCAUGAAAUGGAAUGUCAUGCAGCAACCUCCACACUCAAACAAACGGCAGCUUUUGGCAGACAAACUACGAGAGAUUGACUUGGGUGGCUUAUCAGACAGAUUACUCAAUGAACCAAACAGCACAGGUAAACAGAUACUAAUUAUUGCAGUCUUGCUAUGUCAACAGAAGAUAUAGAAAACAUUGCAUAAA